AUGAAAUUUGCAGUUAGACCAUAUUUUCCAAACCCCCUGCGGUGUUUUAAAUGCCAGCGUUUUGGGCAUUCACAAGAUUCCUGCCGUGGAACUCUUAUUUGUGCCCGCUGUGCGGAAGCUGGUCAUGACAGUUCUGCAUGUACUAAACCAGAGAAAUGCGUAAAUUGCAAAGAUUCUCAUACUUCCUUUUCCCGUUCCUGUUCUGCUUGGAAAUUUGAAAAAGAAGUGAUUGCUGAGAAGGUAAAAAAAGAUAUUUCUUAUAUCGAAGCCAGACAGAUUGUGAAGUCUCGCACUCCACCUCCAGGCGUCAGCUAUGCAUCUGUGGUGAAUAAAACAUUCGGAACCACAAGCACUCAGAUCUUAUCUGCAGUCCUACCAUCCGAUUCUGCUCGAUUUAAAAUAUCGUACAUACCUUCGGAGACCUGCCCUAGAUAUGACGAAUCUUUUAUAGCAGCAUUCAAUCCCAGUACAUGUGGAGAGAAAACCGAAGAAAUGCGUAAAUCCACUGUCUCAGAAUCUAAUAUAAGUUCAUCUGAUUGCUCUGGUUUUAAAAAAGUUAAUAACAGUAAAAAGUUCAAAAAAGAUUAUAGGAUUAAUAAAGAUAAUCAAAAACUAAAUAUUAGUAACGCACCGAAACAUUAUAAAACCUCGCAUCUUUCAGAAUCUCACAAGAUGAACUUGGAUAAAAAAGAGAGUGCAAAGUUCCAUAAAACUUCACCUAGAAAGCCUCCCCUUUCCGCUUCCGUAGAGGGCAAUUCUGGAACGAAUGAUGUAACAAGUGCUGCUUUGAUUACAAACUCUCCAGCCCUUGUUUAUUCAGCUGAUACUGAGACUCGAAUUUUAGCUGACCUUCCUUCGGGAAACUCCAGUGAUCCAUUACGUCAGGAAUCGGAUACUGACGCAGAAAUGUGUUCUAGUGCAUCGGAAGGUGAUACACUGGAAUAUAUGUCAGAAAACUUAGAGGAUACAUCUGAAGACACUAGUCCUCCAACUCCGCCUCUACCAACUACUUACAAGCAAACGGGAGAAAAGAUACUCCCAUAUUAUUAUUCCAACAAAAUAUAA